UGUUACUCCUCCUGCGGGUAAUGUUACGAUUCACACAACACAAAAGAAUGUGUACCAGUCUUUCCCAUAAUAAAUAUAUAGAUAAAAUUGUGAUUAAUAAGCAAACCUGCAAAUCACCCUACAGCCAACCACUCCAUCAUCAUCAACAACAUAAUCAUGCUUAUGACCAUCCCAACAACAUCAUCAUCAUCCUUCCUUCCUUACCAGUGCCACCAUGUGAAGCCAAAACCAGGUGGAGUAUUAUUACCUGCUUUCACUGCUACAUCACCUUCAUCUUCAUCUUCAUCUUCAAACUCCACAACUACUACUACUACUUCUCCUCCUCAUUUCAAUACUGUAAAAAUCAUAUCAACAACAACAAGAAGAAGAAGAAGGUGGGCCGUGUCGUCCUCCUCGUCGUCAGGCAAUCAGACGCUGGGCAUCGCGCCAACAACCACCCUAUCAUCUCCGCCGGCCUCGGCAUCGGAAAUUGUGAAGAAAUUCUAUGAGGGGAUCAACGGCCACGAUCUGGCCUCGGUGGAGGACCUCAUUGCCGACAACUGCGUCUACGAAGACCUUAUUUUCCCUCAACCAUUCGUUGGUCGCAAGGCAAUCCUAGAAUUCUUCCAGAAGUUCAUUGAUUCAAUUAGCACAGAUUUGCAGUUUGUCAUUGAUGACAUAUCUGACAAGGAUACCUCAGUUGUUGGGGUUACGUGGCACUUGGAGUGGAAGGGAAAGGCUUUUCCUUUUAGCAAAGGGUGCAGCUUUUACCGGCUUGAUGUGCUAAAUGGAAAGAAGCAAAUAAUUUUGAAAUAUUUUCAUAUUAUUUGGAGAUUAAUCACAACUUUUAAAAACAGUUAUGGGCGAGACUCUGUUGAACCUGCGAUCAAACCUGGGGAGAUGGCUUUGGUAUGUACCAUUGCUUUGAUUCAUGACAUUAAUCUGUACAAAUCCCGUAUGCAUAUAUAUACAACACAACAGCAUCUAUACACAUAAAUUGUUGCCAUCAGAGGUGUCGCAUGGCUGCUGCAACGGUUUCCACAGCUAGCAGACCAGUUAUGACCGAAAGUAUGUGAAAAGUGAGAUUUAUCGACAAUUUGCUAUUGUAUAGAUUAUCAUAAAUCUGUGCUCUUACUAAAUCAAUGUGUCAUUGAUCCAAAUUGGAGGGUAAUACUGGAUAUACUUUGAAGCAUGAUUGUUGUAAUACUAUUGUUACGGGAGUUUCUUGCCUAUGGGAUAUGUGGACUGUGUUACCAUACUCUUGUAAAUGUAGCGUCUUUUAGAAAAAUACUGUUCAUACAAAAUUUGUCAUUCAAAUUAUGUAAAGAUAACAUUUUUGUGAUUAAAUGAUAUUUUAAUAGGCACCAUGCUUUAAAAUGAUAA